GAUAGUGGUUUCUAUCACAAUUUGGAACAAACCCUAAUUUUGAGUGACUACAACUUUUCCAAAAGCUAGACUUUCUAUAAUUUAUAAUUUUCUACUCAGAUAAUGGCGCAUUUAAUAACUGACAACAACAGUGCACCAUUGGUCGAAGAUGAUAGAACAGAAAACAAAGGCCAAGGCGAUGAGUUUGAUAUUGUACCGAAGAAAAGUUCUCAUGUGAGUGGAUCGAGAAAAAUCAUACCCAGAUCGCCGGAUGAAUCAGCCACCACAUCGAGAAGGCCCAGAUCAAGUAUUCCCUACAUUCGAUUGCAUUCAUUUCCAAGGAAAUACAUAUCCCCAAAAAAGGUGGAUCUUCAGAUCCGUUCCGCAGUCAAAGAUAACAUCAAAGAGAACGUUAUAGUUCCAUCUCCGGAUGAGAAAGCUAUAUUUGAAAGCGGCACUGCUCCACUUCCUAAUGGGAAAACCAUAUCCGAAGGAGCCACUGCUCCUCUGAAUGAGAAAUCUUUAUCCGAAAGCGGCACUGCUCCUCCUCCAAAUGAGAAAUCUAUAUCCGAAAGCGGCACUGCUCCUCCUCCGAAUAAGAAAACUAUAUCCGAAAGCGUUACUGCUCCACCUCCAAAUGGAAAAACUAUAUCCGAUAGCAUCACUGCUCCUCCUCCGAAGAAGAAAACUAUAUUUAAAAGCGUUACUGCUCCACCUCCAAAUGGAAAAACUACUAAAAAAAAACUAAAAACUAAAAAAAACUGCAUCACUGCUCCUCCUCCGAAUAAGAAAACUAUAUUUAGAAGCGUUACUGCUCCAUCUUCGAAUAACAAAACUAUAUCUAAAAGCAGUAAUGCUCCACCUCCGAAUGCAAAACCUAUAUCAGACAGCAAGGAAAAGUUUCAAAAGGAAGUGUACGUUGUUGAUACAGUAUAUUUUAAGGGCCUCGCACUGAAGAAGUUUAGAAGGAUCAAAAGACAAAAGCCAAAAAGCCGUUUCUUUUUGAUGCUAGAUGUUGGGGAUCGAUUUGUUACUCGCACGUCCAGUUCCUUUUUGGUGACCAUGGGUAUAUUCCUUAUGUUCCUUGUGAUUUGGGCCCUUGACUUUGAAGAACCAAUCGUAAGGAUUAAAGUGGCGGUGGGCGAUCACAUUCAAUGAUCGUUCCCGUUCUCGAUAGUAUUUUAUAUGAGUUCGUUGUGCAUCGAAAUUUCCAAAUUUACACUUUUUCUUUGUUGCAAAAGGAGGCAAAAUUAUAAUGUUGAAUCACAUAGCAGUUGGCAAGCCGUUUGGCAUUGUUCAAUCCAUUUUCGAAGCCAUAACAAAUGACACUUUUAAUCAUUGCAUAUUAACGGACUAAGCCCUGACCGAUACCCGCACUUUGUGCCGCUGAUUUAUGGCCCAGACAGCGACAUCCAACCAAAAAUAACCCAUUAACUAAAUCCGCAUUUAAUAAAUGCCAGCCAGCGGCAGCCAGAAAGGUAACAAAAGGGUUAAGACUGCCGAGGGAUCCGCCAAGUUGGCAGUUACAAGUUCCAAAGUUCCAAGUUACAAGACCGGCAAAUUAAUCACGCUGACGACUGCGACGUGGUUGAUGAUAUUGGUCGACUGAUGCUGACAUUGAGGAGCUGCCAGCCGCACCAGCCAUCAGUUAGCCAAGUAUCCCCAUCCCCAAUCCACAUCUACAUCCCCAUCCCAAUGGAUACUGUGCCCAAGCAUCCAAGUAUCCCACUGUGCCGGGGGCAUCAAUCUGCGGUCGAGUCUCAACUUUCGGGCACCGUGACAUGUGUGGAAUGCAGCCAGAAAUCGGAAUCAGAAGCGUUGACAUGACAACUCGAGAUGAGGGGUUCGCGAUAAGGACAACAACUUUCUAUGGCACGAGCAUGGAAAACCUUUCUGGGCCCAAAGCAUUGCUUAACAAUUUUUCCAGUUUGAACUUUACACUACAAAAUGCAUUCAUGGCGAAAAAACUGAUAAUAAAUAUAAUUACUGAAUGGUA